AUGGCGACGUCGCUGAUCGAACGCAACACCGCCAACUCUCCUUCCCAUUUCACGCAGGGUUGGUGCUCACUACCCGCUGAGCUCCGCCUGCAGAUCCUAUCAUACGUACUGACCAUCGACAAAGAUGACUUCGAAGGCCAUCGUAUCACUGCGUAUGAUUAUAUGGCUGCAAAUGAGGCGUACAAGUACCUCUACGAUUCUGCCUACCUAGGCCGAUUCGCAGAGAUCGCACUUCCUCUUCUUGCAUGCCCCCGAAUCGACGAAGUCUUCAACAUGCGCAAGGCUGCCCUCGAUGUCUGGUACGGCAAGAACACCUUUCAACUCGGCGGCCACAACUAUCAGUCGGGCGAGAAGCUAGCCUUCUCCUACCUCGUGCCCAAUAGGAACGCGUUUGCUCACUUGCAACAUGUCGAAGCCUAUAUCCGCGGCGACUAUGUUGGCUGGAAGGACCUCGCUAGCUAUUGCAAGGCUACCAAAGAUAUGCCGAUGUUGAAGGUCUUCGAGGUGGAGUUCAUCCUUCUCCGAGAUAUCGACGAGGACUCAAAGACUCUAGAUCAAGCAUUCACCGAGAUUGGGCCGCUCAUUGUAUCAGCACAGAAGUUCGUGAUUGAGUGCCGCUGCAUCGGUCAACUUCUGGGCGAGAUCCGGCCACCAACCCAGUUGGACCGUGUAGACUAUCCCGAAGCGGCCUCUGUGUUCGAGAACAUCAGCAUUGAGGCUUCGGGCGGAAAAGCGGCAAAGGAGAAGUUUGCGCGCUAUUGGCAUGAUUACAUGAAGAAGGUGGAGGUAGACGAGGUGUGGGCCCUUCCGCCGACGUCUCAAUACGCCUGGCACAAGCGUAUGGUGCGGACACAGUGGCAGUAG